AUGGAUAUGGACUUAGCUGGUGAGAAGAGGUUGCUGCAACUCAACGAGCUUGAUGAGUUUCGAUUUCACGCAUAUGAAAAUGCCAAAUUGUAUAAGGAAAAGAAUAAGAGGUGGCAUGACAAACACAUCCAACAUCGAGAGUUUGAGCCGGGGCAAGAAGUUCUAUUAUUCAAUUCGAGGUUGAAGCUUUUCCCCGGAAAGCUUAAGUCUCGUUGGGCAGGUCCUUUUGUUGUGGUAAGUGUGAGGCCUCAUGGAGCUGUGGAAUUGCGUGAUACGAGCUCGAGUGGUACCUUCUUGGUUAAUGGCCAUAGAAUAAAACAUAAUUGGGGUGGUGACAUUGCACGUCACAAGACCUCGGUGGACUUGACCGAUGCUUAA